AGGGAGGCGUUCUUUAGGCAAGGCCUGCCUCCUGGCCUCCCUCCUCCUCCUGAGUCAGGAAGGGCUGCCUGGGCCUCGCCUAAUAAGGCCACUCGGCUUCUCUGCUCCUUCUCCCAGAGCCACCGAGGGACAGAAGCUGCGCCCUCAAAAUGCAGGAUCCGAAUGCAGAUACAGAAUGGAACGACAUCUUACGUAAAAAGGGCAUCCUUCCUCCAAAAGAGAAGCUGAAAGAGCAAGAACAGGCUGAAGAGGAGAGGGAGCAACAGAUCCUCCUGCAACAAUCUGUUGUAAAAACCUAUGAAGACAUGACCCUCGAGGAACUUGAAGAAAAUGAAGAUGAAUUCAAUGAGGAAGAUGAACGCGCUAUAGAAAUGUACAGACAACAAAGACUAGCUGAAUGGAAAGCCUCUCAAGCAAAGAAUAAAUUUGGACAUGUUUUAGAGAUCUCGGGACAGGAUUACAUCCAAGAAAUUACCAAAGCUGGGAAGGAUAUAUGGGUGGUAUUGCAUCUAUACAAGCAAGGUAUUCCUCUUUGUGCCUUGAUAAACCAACACUUAAAUGGACUUGCCAAGAAGUUUCCAGAUGUCAAGUUUGUCAAAGCCAUUUCUACAACCUGCAUCCCCAACUAUCCUGACAAAAACCUCCCCACAAUCUUCAUCUACCUCGAAGGGGACAUCAAGGCCCAGUUUAUUGGACCACUGCUAUUUGGAGGCAUGAAUCUGACAAGAGAUGAAUUAGAGUGGAAGAUUUCUGAGUCAGGUGCCAUCAAGACAGACCUAGAAGAGAACCCCAGGAAGCAGAUACAGGACCAGCUGAUGACUUCAAUCAAGUGUUCUGUUCCAACAAGAAAAGAAGAAAGUGACUCAGAAGAGGACUAAGUCAUUCUUUUCAGAUUACCUGAUUAUCAGAUCCUGAUUACCACACAUUUAGUUAUGACUGAAUUCAGUGGGACUUGUGUCUGCAUAAGAGUGCAUGUGAAUGCAGCCUAAUAAAUACCAUGGGUGGUA